GCAAUCUUUAUUUCCUUCCACACCCACUUUAUUGCAGCUGUCUAGUCUGUUAACUUGCUGUGAAGAUGACUGAGCUACUGAAGACGGGACUCAAGUACUUCUACCCUGGAGACUGCUAUGAGACAGUAUGGGAGAACUAUGACUUCUUUGACUCGGACUGUUUCAAGAUGUUUGUCAGUCGUGCCCUCAGUAUGCUGAUUCUCCUCGGAUCAAUUAUUGUGAAGGUGCCACAGAUCAUGAAGAUUGUGGCGGCAGGUUCUGCAGAGGGCUUGAGCUACUUGUCCAUCUUCAGUGAGCUAGGUGCCGUUACCUUCACCUGCACCUAUAACCUGGGCAAGGGAUUUCCAUUCAGUGCUUGGGGAGAGAGUUUCUUCAUAGCCCUUCAGAAUGUGAUCAUAAUCUCGCUCAUGUUCAACUACAAGAACCAACGGAUACUCAUAGCCGUCUUUGCCCCAGUCUAUAGCAUAUUAGCAUGGUACUUGACCUCUGACCUUGCCAGCAUGGAGCUCCUGUCUACACUACAAACCGCUGUGAUACCACUCAUGAUGUUGAGCAGGUUUACACAGAUGUAUGCGAUCUACUCUAAUGGGUCGACUGGCCAGCUCUCUCUGAUCACCUCCUACUUGAACUGGUCGGGUGCUGCUGCUCGUAUCUUCACGACCAUGCAAGAGACUCAAGACCCCAUCACACUGCUUAUAUUCUCCAUCUCUUUCACCCUCAACACAAUCAUUAUGAUACAGUUUGUCGUCUACUGGAACGCAGGGACUGUGAAGAAAGGAAAGGGAAAGGAGAAGAAAGAACAGUAGAUUAUUAUUCUAGAAUGUUUAUGGAAAAUUAUGUUAAUGGUGUAGCCUUUUCAGUUAAAUUUGUUGAUCUUUACCUUCUUUUAUUAUGUCUUUCAAUUUUCAAA